AGGUAUCUAUUGGGGGUGAAAUGGGAGUUCUAAGCAAGGGAUAUAAGAGAAAAAGGAAGAAGAUGAAUGGAGGAAAAGGCGAGGGAGGGACUAGAAAGGGUAGAAUCCCAGAAAAUGGUAAUCUAGCUGGAAGAGGGGGAAGAUCACAAAAGUGGAAGUGGGGCAGUGAAACAGCAGGUUAUGUGUGGGCUCCUCAGUGUGUGCAGUCAUUGUUUUUACAUCAUUGUGGACUGUGAGGAAAAAAAAAUUACCUCUCCUAGAAAAAAAAGGCACAAAGAUGAGACUUGAGGGGAAACUGAUCAAUGUCUACAAAGAGGUUUCUUAAAUGAAGGGGUCCUCACACAGGGCAGAGUUGAGGAAAAGGAGAGGGGUUACAUGAGCUGGUAAGAGUGGUGGCCUGGUGUAGUAGAGAAAACACUGAAUGAGGAGUCAGGAAACCUGGUUUGAAGUCCCAGCUCUGCCACUGGUUGGCUGUGGAUCCUGGGGAUGUUACUCUCCUUCUCUGGGCCUCAAGGCCCUUCUGAGUAAACAUCUACUCUAGUUGGGUAGUCAGCAUAUCAUAUUAAUCAUUUAUAUGUCAACCAAGUUAUUUUGUAGCUAGAACAUCAUUAUUUUUGAGUCAGAAAAUAACUUCAAUUGUUUAUGUCUUUGUGCUUGAUGAUUUGGAUAACUUCAUUUUUGUCUUCUAAUAUUUCAGUGUUGUUGCCAUUGAAAACUUCUAAACUAUUUCUUCAGAACCUGAGCUAAAGAGGGAAGGAGUUUUACCCAGCCUGCACAGGGAAAUGGUGGCAAGUAGGGUGGCCAAGUCUCCCAGUUUGCCUGGGACUUACAGAUUUCCCUGAACAAGGGACUCUCUGUCUUAUGCAAACUGGGUGAUGGUUCACCCUCAUGAUGAGAAAGAUGAAGGUUUGGAGAUAGCUUGAAGGAGUGGUCCUGGAAGGGCUCUCCUGUUCCCUUUCUAUGUGUAGUCUUCCUUAUUGCCCCACUGACUGGUGUGAUGGUUUUCAUCACAAGGCAUGACUGAUUUCCUUAUUGGAAGGCUUGUGGAGAUACAGGGAGGAGAAGGGCAGCCUUUAAACAAGUCACAAGACCCAAAUGACACAACUACUGCCAGGAAAGAAGCUGAAUUGCUUGACUAGCACUGAGGCUAUGGGGAUUUUCCCUCUUUCUUAAAAAAAAAGAAAAAGAAAAAAAGAAAAAAAGAAAGACCCAGUGGAAAAAAAAAAAGUGAUGAGUUGUGAGGCAGGCAGCGGGUCCUAUGCAGCCCCAGGAGAUCGCACAGCUCAUUUGUUUAAAUUUGCAUUGACAGCUGCCACCUCGCUAUAGAUAUCAAGCAGAGAGUUUCUCAACAUCAGACAGCGAGUGACCAGUUUGGUGACAAACAGCUACAACUAUGAACUUCCCCUUAACCCUGGACAUGGACCUCAUAAACUACAACCCGGAUGACCUGCCACCUGCCCCAAGGACCAGAAGGAAAAGACCCACAUUGAGGAAUGGGUCUGCUGCCACUGAGACUGACUGUAUGACUCACAACUGGGGCCCUGGGUGCCAUUGCAAUCACCCCUUCUUAUGCAGGAUUACUUUCCUGGCAAGAGGGCAGCAUGAGGGCACCCAGAGUCAGGGUGCAUAAUACCUUCUCCCAUCCUCUCUCUCCCAGCACUCAUUUAUUAUAGACUUGCUUUUUUUAAACCCACAGUACUUGGUUAUAAUUGAUUUUGAAAUGCCAUGGAGACAAAUGCCAUGGUCUAUUAGGGGAGGGGUGGGAAGAACAGAGCUGGGAAGUGAGGUGGAGCAGGUGCAAGGGGACAGCUGUGAGUGAAAGGUAUGAAAACAAGCACAACCAACCCCCCUCUUCCUUUGUGGUUAGCCGGGUAAACAACCUGAGCGCUGCUGCAGGGAGGGGCUAGGGAAGGGGGGGUUGGGGAGGCUGGGGAAGAGGGAGCUUCCGGAGAGAGUGGGCACAUCCCUUCCACUUGGAACAGGCUUCUUCCUCCCAUGCCUGGUCUCCUUCACUUCCUUCUGCUUCUGAAGCUGUCCUUACUGUUGGCAGAGAAGAGUGCCGAGCAGGGAGCUUGCUAGUGAUGAUAAGUAGCAGAGAGGGAGGCCAGGGCACUGCUGCCUAGUGACAGUGGAAGUAUUGGCUCUGGGGUUAGAUCAAGUGGGUUGAAACAGACCUGAUCUUUAGUGAGACACGUUGGUAAAAUAGGGAUGUUACAUACCUGAGCCUGUGAGCCUGAGCUUCCUAAUGCAGAUGAAUUGCAUUAGGAAGCUAUUACUACAAUUUCAGUUAUGAUGACAAAAGACAGGAAUAGGGGGACAAAUCAAGAGGAAGCCAGCAGGCCCCAUCAGCACCCAUUUUAUUAGUGGAUCCUAGGUUUUAGAAAUUGGACAAGAUGGUUCUUUGUCCCAACUAGAGCCAUUCCCAAACUGAAGUCCUGAUCCCAGCCCCUGAGCCUGCAGCCUUCCAAACCUGAGGACACACACACAGGAUCACUUACAAGUGCACAGCCCUUCAGGGUUUGUGGAACAUGUCCACACCAAGUAUCUACUUUCAUCUUCAUCAGUAUCCUGUGAGCAAUUAGUCCCUUUUACAGAUGAAAGCUGAAGUUGGAAAAGGUGAAAUGAUUUGUUCAAGGACAUGUAACAAGAAAUCGGGAUUUGGUCAGUGGGACAUAUUGGGAGUGCAGAGACAAAAGCAGUUAGCCUGGGAGAUAGGGAAAGUCUACAAGGUAGUCAGGGUCCCUCUCCUGGAGGAAAGAUGGGUCCUCAGUUCUCUGCCCUCCUGUCUCCUUGCCCAUGCCACAAGGAAUUAGGUAACUACAAUGACAGCACGGAGAACCCCCUACCGGAAAAUCACUUCUGCUCCACAGAUGAGGGGCCCCUCCUGACCUCCUUCAAGGCUGUGUUCAUGCCUCUGGCCUAUGGCCUCAUCUUCCUCCUGGGUAUGAUGGGCAACAUCCUGGUGUUGGUGAUCCUGGAGCGGCAUCGGCAGACACGCAGCUCCACCGAGACCUUCCUGUUCCACUUGGCAGUGGCUGACCUCCUGCUGGUCUUCAUCUUGCCCUUUGCCGUGGCUGAGGGCUCUUUUGGCUGGGUCCUGGGCACCUUCCUCUGCAAAACUGUGAUUGCUCUGCACAAGAUCAACUUCUACUGCAGCAGCCUACUCCUGGCUUGCAUUGCUGUGGACCGCUACUUGGCCAUUGUCCACGCCGUCCACGCCUACCGCCAUCGCCGCCUCCUCUCCAUCCAUAUCACCUGUGCGACCAUCUGGCUGGCAGGCUUCUUCUUUGCUUUGCCAGAGAUUCUCUUCGCCAAGGUCAGCCAACCCCAUCAGAAUGACUCUCUGCCACUCUGCACCUUUUCCCAAGAGAACCAAGCUGAAACCAAUGCCUGGUUUACUUCCCGCUUCCUCUACCAUUUUGGGGGAUUCCUGCUUCCAAUGCUAGUGAUGGGCUGGUGCUAUGUAGGGGUGGUACACCGGCUGUGCCAGGCCCAACGUCGCCCUCAGCGGCAGAAAGCAGUCAGGGUGGCAAUCCUGGUGACAAGUGUCUUCUUUCUCUGCUGGUCACCCUACCACAUCAUCAUUUUUCUGGACACCCUGGCAAGGCUGAAGGCCAUUGGCAGUAGCUGUGAGCUAAAUAGCUAUCUCUCUGUAGCCAUCACCAUGAGUGAAUUCCUGGGCCUGGCCCACUGCUGUCUCAAUCCCAUGCUCUACACCUUUGCAGGAGUGAAGUUCCGUGGUGACCUGUCACGAAUUCUGACCAAGCUGGGCUGUGCUGGUCCUGUUUCCCUUUGCCAGUUCUUCCCUAGUUGGCGCAAAAGCAGUCUCUCUGAGUCAGAGAAUGCAACCUCCCUCACCACGUUCUAGGUCCCAGCCCUGCUUUGUUUCUACUUUCUUGGGGGAUGCACUGAUGCUGGAACCCUUCCAAUAGGAGCUUAGGAUCCUAUGAGCUCACUUUGGCUGGUGUCCUUACAUGGGGCAGCUAGACAAUCAACAUACCUUUCCAGGACAUUCCUGCCAGCUCUUCUCCCAAUCCUGGGGCUAGGCUGGAAUCCAGUGAAGAGAAAGCAGCUCAAAGGCAAAACAAAGGAUACCUGUGCCCAUCUGAAUUACCUUGGGCUAAGGGUCCCACACACCUUCUCUCAUCUUAACCACCCAAAGUUUGAGAAACAAAUUUACUUCUAUCUUAGAAAUGGGAAGUCAUUACCCUCCCAAAACUCACUCAAUCAUCUACCCAGCUUUCCUCCCACCCCAUCUGCCAAAAGAGGCUAAAAGUUGAACACCAAGGGAUGGAUGGAGGUUAAAGCUGAGCAAAGGCCGGCUGGCAACAGAAUGUGGCCUUAACAUGUCUUAAUCUCUAACAACAUAUCUGCCAGGCCAUCAGGCCUGCAGCAUAUUGACCAGCAGGAAGCUCAUACUGACUCAAAUCAGGUAGCUGUCCCUGGCUCUAACCAAAAUGGUACUGGACCAGCUCCAUGUCACUGGGCCCUGGGUGGUUUUACAGACUGAGGGAAGAUUCCACAUAUACUCAGAGAGACCAGCCAGUGUCCUGGAGAAGAAUUAAAGUUGGGCCAUAAAGGAGCACAAACGGGGCAGGGGUGGGGGGGAAGAUUCUCCUUCCCCAGUCCCCAAGAAGGAAUAAUUAUAAACCAAAACUAGCUAUCUCCUGUGCCCAGGGUGGAGAGCUCCCAGUUCAGGGUUCUGGGCACUGAUGAAGGCAGAGUAGUCCCUCCCUGCCUCUCCCAGUGAGUCACACAGCCAGGAGAACCUGCUCAAGCAGCAGAAGGGUCCCAACCACAGCAGAGAGAACACUUAGCUAAAAUAGCUAAAAGUCAGAACCAGUAUGUACAUCCCCAAGAAGACAGACAGAAGAAAAAGGCCUCUGGGAGUCAACUCAUAUAGCGGAGGCCAAACCCAGGACACAGGCUCUCUGGGCCUCAACAAGAGCCGCCUGUGGCAUCCCCUUCAGCUGCACUGUGAGAAGCAGACCUGGGCAGGGAAGUCCCUAGACCCCAGGAAGCGAGGCCCUGGCCUCGAGAGGACACUACUCAGAUGGAACAGGGGAAAUUGCUCUACGCAUGCUCACCCAACCAGGCCACCUGUUCUCCCUGUUCCACCCCAGCCUUUGGUCUAGCUGGAGUCAGACAGCAAGUAUUUUGCACAUCUGAGUUGCCUGCUCCCACUUAAGCCAAUCAGCCAAGUUCCCCAGGAGGGAAGUCAGGGAUAUGUCCCAGGCACUGUGCUUUCACCACUGAACACUGGGAAAGGUCUGGGGUCUUCCUUUUUCCUCCCAGCAUCCAACAGCAAGCUGGGCAGUAGAGGAGCCAUACAUGGAAGUAAAAAAGCAAGAGAUUAGAUUUUUAAUUUUCUCUUUUUAAUAAAAAGGCACCUAUAAAACAGGUCAGUACAGUACAGGCAGCACAGAGACCCCCAGAACAAGCCUAAAAAUUGUUUCAAAAUAAAAACCAAGAAGAUGUCUUCA